AAUGGCGGACAAAUUAGCGAUGGAGGGUGAAUCUGAAGUAGCAACUAAUGACGACGCUGAAAUGACAUCGAAAAAUACUGAAGAAGAUGUUUGUAGCACUAAAGAAAAGCAGGAAAAUAAUGAAUUAACAGAUGAAAGUGUAUCUAUGUCGGAAGAUGAAAGUCAAUGGAAAAAGUCUAUGCGACUCUUUCACAACGGCCGUUUUGUUCAAAUCACGCAUUUGUCUGAUGUCAUAGAAGAAAAGGAUAUUCGGGACUUUUUAUUUUUUCUGGAUAUUAAAGAUGUGGAAAUCAAUAAAGCCACAGCUUCAGCCAAAGUCAUUCUUGAGAAGCCAGAAACGUUUGAUCCAUUAAUUUGUACAACAGAAGUACCAACUCUGCUGAAAGGAAAGAAAGUUGUUGUCCAGUUUUCAAAUGCCGAAAAUUUUCUUUGUGUGUCCAACCUUCCACUCACUUUUGGAGAAAAAGAUUUUAAUCAAUUAGUUGAAAAAUUUGGGCCUGUUGAGAGAAGCUUUCUUGUUUACGACCAUGAAACAGAUCAAAGUAAAGGUUAUGGGCUGGUGGAGUACUGCAGCAGAGCUGUAGCAUGUCAAGCUAAAAGUUUGUUGAACCUUAAGCAACUGGAUUCAGGAUUUCUUUAUUGUGAAUGGUUGGACCACAAGUUAAUCACCUAUUCAAGUCUCUACUCCCGAUGUUUGUUUGUCACCAGGUUGCCUGCUGACUUCCGAGAUCUCACAAGUUUUAGAAAAUUUUUUAGUGAAAUUGCUACUCCUAUUUACUGCCAGCUAUCCUUGAGAAAUGAACUAUCAGCAAGGUUUGGUCUUGUAGAGUUUGCAAACCAAAAGGAUGCCGAUGAGACCCAGAAAAAGUUUGAUGGACGAGAACAUGGAGGCCAGAAACUGAGAGUCUCAUUUGGUCAGCCAGGAUUUACAGCAGUGAAGCUGUUUGACAAACUGGUGGCUGACAUGGAUUCCAAAACUAGAAAUAAGAGUGGGCUACUUCCAACACCUGCAUUCCCAGCCCAAGUAUUGCAUCAGUUGAGAAUGGCAGCUAUGAAAAAUGCCCAAGCUCAAGUUUUGAAAAAACUUUUGCCAAAUAACAUGAUGCAAAUGCAGCCUCGCCCUAUUCAACAACAAGCAGGAAAUCGAGCUCCGUGGCCUCUGAGAGCUCCCAACUUUAGACUCCAGAAUUGGAUUUCUCCAGUGCUACCUAAUACUAUACGUGGUCCAACUCAGAAUCCUCCAAACUUACAGACAUCUUUCACAUGGAACCAGAAUCUCCAAUCUCAGGUUUCCAGCAGUGGUCUACCUACACACACUGUCAGAAACAUGCAUCCUAUGGCUCAGAACCUAGUUUCAGCACAGUCAAAUGUAAUUCGACCCCAGCCUCCAGCUUUAACUAAUACCACACCAAACCACCAUGCUCUCCUGAAUACACAGCUGAACCAAACAGCUAGUAUUCAACGAUUUAGACAGCCACAGGUAAUGGUGGGCAACACGUCAACUAGUUUUCAGAACUCUUUAGCAGCUGUAAAUAACCAAAUGGCACAAAAUCUAAUCCAGCAAAAACUGCAACAUUCCUUAAAUCAACAGCUGUUGUCAGCAAGAAACGGAUUGGCUGCUUCAACGGGUGCUCCUCAACAGCAGCAGUUGAACCUCCUUCAGAAUCGUGAUCUGUCUAGUCUGAUGCAGAACAGAGCAGCUGGUGAACCUCGACCCCCAGCUGUAAAUACGUUUACUAGUGCUUCAAAUGAAAUUCUCAAGAAUAGUAAUGUUGCCAGAAUUGAUCAGUGUAACGCAGCGUUGUUAGCUCAACAGUUAAACCAACAGCAGCAGCUUGGACUUGCAGGAGGAGCUAGAUCAGUCACUGGUAGGGGAAUGAAUGUUCCUAACAACCCCCCUAACCUCCAGCAGCUACUAGUUAAUUUGCAGACCAAAAACUAUUUCAGUGGUCCCUCUGCACCAACCUCCCACCCUUCCUUACUAAACAGUGUAGCUGGAAGAAGUAAUACAACACUUCCCGGAAGGGGGAUAGGACAAUCCCCCACACAGUCAUUCCAGUGGGGAUCUCCAGGAAAUUCUCUUAACACCUCUAGUUCAGCCUAUCUUAGACCACCAUUUUUAAAUGGAAUUCCACAUACUCCUGUCGGACAAAAACGCAAGCUCCAUUACUUGUUGCCCUCUCCAGAACCCAGUCCGAAGAACAACUAUGUUGGACAGCACUCCCAGGGGAUUGGUGGCCACUACUCUGAGUCCUACCUGUCGAACAAGAGGCUCAAGCUAUAAUCUCCAAACUACGGGACCCAAGAUCGUGUGGUGAAGUGAACAGAUAGAUUCGACCAUUGACUUGUCCCAGCAAGCUGAGGUUACACUUUGCAGGGAAGAGACUGACAUUCGGGUUCUGGAUAUGUGUAUGAUAAUUCUGGUUGACGAGUCACAAAGAGUGGACUCUUUAAGUUUGAGCGCAUUAUGUGUGUUUCUAUAGAAACUUGAUUGUACAGGAAAGAAGAUUUAAUGUUGAAAAUCUUUCAUUGAUGUAUGGUUUUGGUUCUGGAACAUCAAGUCAUGCAGAAUCGUUUUAAUUUAGUUGUUCUGCGUGACAGACAAUAAGGUCUGUACACUGAAAUCCAGAUGUAUAGGUUAUGUAAAAAAAAUUGAGCCUUUGCUAUUUUAUAUAGAAAUUAUGUUAUGUUUGUACCAUGAGGUUUGUGCGUGUGCCAUGUUUAAUAAAUAAAGCUGUUUUAGGACAGAACUGCUUGUAAAGCUUCUAGCAUGUAGCUUUAUAAUCUUUGACAGUAAGAAUGUAAUGUGCUUAUGCUAUUUUUUUUGUUAACUAAGCUUUCAGCUGGACAUUAAACUUCAAUUUUUUUAUUUAUACUUUCAAACUUUAAUGGAGAAUCUUAAAUAGAGUGUAUAUUGGCUUCAAACAUAGGAUAUAAUAAUAAUAGAAACUGGUGAGUUGACUUGCCUGUAGGUUAGAAAUAUUUUUGAGGUUGUUUUUAGAGUGGAUAGAAAUCGAUGUGAUAGCCCUUGCCACAGAGAAUACAGUUAGAGUUGUCUGUGAUUAAUCAUGUUGUAUACAAAAUAUUGUUACGUGUUUACAGUUGUGAGGAAGGAACGUAUUAGGUUUUUAUCACAAAAUCAGUAAUUUCUUUUUAUCUCUUGGAACUUGUUCUCACCGAAGAUGAGUCAAUAGUUAUUGUAUUUGAAACCGAAGAUGGGGUUGAGAACAUACUGGACUUCAAACCAAAGGUGGGGUCUAGGGCACUAGCAUAUACUGUACUCUAAACUAAAUAUAAGUCAAAAAUCCUCAUGUAAAAUAAUCUUUUGAACUGAAACUGGGUCAAGGUUAUUGGUACCUGUUUGUUUCUGGUACUUAGAAUUGAAGGUGGAUCAUGGUGCGUGUAUAUGGUACUUUGAACUGAAACUGGGUCAAGGUUAUUGGUACGUGUUUGUUUCUGGUACUUAGAAUUGAAGGUGGGUCACGAGUAUUGGGGCGUGUAUAUGGUACUUUGAACUGAAGCUGUGUCAACAGUAAUGAUAAGUGAAGACAGUUUUCAGUAUAGGUGAUUUUAUUUCUGUCUAAUGAUACAUCUUGACACCUUCUACCCAUUAGUUAAAGUUGUUUUUCUCUAUAUAAAACUAUGCAAACCAAAAUGAUUACAUUAACAGAAAUGGUUCUUGGGGCUGUUGUUAAGACCCACGGGUACUGUAUGGAAGCCAGGUGUGUUAACACUAGAAUUCUGAGAUUCAAAUGGUAUUAGAAUAAGUUCUGGGUGUAAUAUAGGAAUUCUUGGAUAAUUGAGAUAAAUGCAUUUUGUUCAUUCAAUUUUCAUAGUUGUUUAAGUUAAACUUAAUGUUUUUUUUUUAAAUAUAGGAAACAGAAACUGGAUCCUCUUGGUAGUCUAUACAUUUAUUAGGGCAUAGUAUGUUUAUGGUCUCAUUAGUAUUCUAAAUAGUGAAUAUUUUGAACUUUUGUUAUGAUAUGGUUAUCUAUUCAUGAAAGAUUUACAAUGGUUAUUGUUUUGCAUUUAUUUCUUAGUGUUGUUUUUGUCUUGUUUGUGUUUACUUUUCAUCAGCAUGACUUAAAUAUUCCAUAAUAUGAAUUUUUGAAGCUUGAAUACAAGUACAGUCUGUUCAUUUAUGAUAAGAUUGAGACUAAUUACAGUGUACGAUUAUAAACUUCUAAAAACUUAGAUUUUUUUUCCCCCUUUUAUUUGAUAAAACCAUGUAAUGUAGUUUUAUUUUAUACUUCUUUAGAAAAUGUUUUCACUUAAGCCAGUGUUUUCCAAAGUGUGGGGCAUGCUUCCUGGGAGGGGGGGCUGGGGUGGCAAAAAAUAACAAAGGAAUAAACGGAAGAGUUGGAGGCGAUGAUAGCCUAAAUCACCUUGUUCUCAUGUUUACUCACUCCUCACAAGAAUUUCUUCAUUAAAAAAAAAGGUUAAAAACAGGUGAAGGAAAUGUUAAUUUUGCUGUUAUCACUUGCAAACUUUGCUGUGUUUUGGGGGGCACCACUAUUUAAUGUUUGGAAAACACAGACUUAAGUUGUAUAAUCAAGUUUUCCAUCAGUUCUGAAUGCAGAUAGGAUUACAUGAUAUCAAAAUGUGGAAGAACACACCUGAAUUCAUCUUCCUAGUCAAGAGGUAUUGGUAAAAAAGUUUGAAGUUGUACGUAAACACUGAAGCUCUUCAUUGCAACCGUUGUUAAUUAUCCUCUGUUAGAUUUAAAAAAUUAUCACUCUGAUAUCAUGUAUGUUAGUUUUUAUAAUUGUACCUGUUUUCCAUAUUAGCAGGAACAACGUAUUGAAGAAUUAUCAAGUUCUUGUAGAACUUAAUCUACUCAUGGCAGUAAAAUUGAAUUGAAUUGGUAAAAUAAUGUGAAAGGAAUUUUUAUUUCUUAACAUGAGAGGGCAGCACUAUCCAUGUACAUAAAUUUUCCUAGUGUAGGAUUGCUUCAAGAUAAAUGUGAUUUGUUUUGAUAUCAUUUUUUAAUUGUUGAGUCGGCACUCUUUUCUAACUUUGCAAACAAAACUUACACUGAAAGUGGUUUUAUUGAUAAUACUGUCACAUGUUAAAUAUUUUAUAGAUGUUUUAUUUUCUUGCAGUAGGAUAUAACAAGGAAGUUGUAGUCUUAGGAAAGUGCACCUCGGCGGACUGUGUAACUGUUUCAUCUGCUUGCUCUUAGCAUGUAUUUCUUAUAGUUUGAGAGGUUAAUUUGCUGCUUUCAUCUCGAGGCAGUUUUAACAAAUCGAGAAAAUUGUUGUAGUGGAAACAUUUGUAACUUUUAAGUAUUAAAUAGCUUCAGGAAAUCUCUUUUAGAUUUUGAUGGAUUAUACAUAUUAUUAAAAAACAUGCAACCAGACAUGUAACAAUCAGCUCAGCCAGUAUUUGAGGUGUAGGUCUGUAUCAUGAUAGUUACUUUGUAUGUGCUGUAUAACCUCCUCUGAUGACAAUUUUACCACAAAAUGGUAAUAAUCCAGUCGUGAAUUCUAACACACGAACGUGGGGCUGCCAGAAACCUGAUCGAGAGGUAGCAACGACGAGAUGUUUCUUCGGUUGAAAAAAACUUGCUCAAAAAAACACAAUAUGGCUCAACCAAGAAAAUAAUAGCAAAUUUGGAGUGAAAUUCUUCAUUUCCCAUGUUUUGUUUUUAUCUAGAAUUUCAGUUUGUAAUUCAGAAGCUGUGUUUUUAAUGUCUUUCUCAAAUGUUGUAGUAGUUUUCCAUGAAUUUGUCGCCGUAGGUUAGUUUCAAGUUUACACUGUAACCACAAUUUCUUUAUCAGAUGUUGAGGGAUCUAGUAAAUAGACAAUUUAACAGUUGCUUGUCUUUUAUGCCUUAACUAUUCUUUAAAAAUAUUGUGUUGGUUGAUAAAUUGUCCCUGGUGGAGAUGUGCCUGUAGUGUGAUGUCUAUUUCAUUAGUUACUGUAGCCAGUACGUAGAGUUAAAUAAAAGUACACACUGUGUU